UUGUUUCUUGAAAUUGAUCGAAAACACACUCUCUCUCUCACACACACACACAACAUCAAUCAAUCAACCAUGGGAUCGGAGACAGUUCACAAACUUGCUGUGAUAGAAUUCACAGACGAGAACACAAACCCUGAGACAGAAUCAUGGUCGGAGACAUGUAAAAAAGUAGUUGAUGCUCUUGAAAAAUAUGGUUGCUUUGUAGCAAUUUACGACAAACUCACCAAAGAAAUACACGAACAAGUGUUCGAAUCCUUGCAAAGCCUAUUUUCUCUCCCAACUCAAACCAAGGUCCAAAACAAGUCCUCCAAGCCCCUCUACGGCUACGUCGGCCAGAUCCCCUUCCUUCCUCUCUUCGAAAGCAUGGGCAUCGACGACGCCCACACCAUCCGAGGAAUUCAAGAUUUCUCAAACGUCAUGUGGCCUAACGGAAACCCCACCUUCUGUGAAAACCUAGUUGCGUACACAAAGUUGGCAGCGGAACUGGAGAAGAUCGUGGUGCGAAUGGUGUUCGAGAGCUAUGGUGUCGGAAAACACCACGAGUGGUACGUGGGAUCUGCCAACUACCUCUGCAAAGUGAUGAAGUACAGAGAGCCCAAGAUCGGUGAGAACAAAAUGGCAUUUGUUUCACACACUGACAAAAGUUUCAUGUCAACUAUCCAUCAAAACCAAGUUGAUGGCCUCGAGAUCAAAGCCAAAGAUGGCGAAUGGUUUGGCGUCCGCGGGCUUCCUCUCUCCUCCAUCGUUGUCAUGGCCGGUGAUGCAAUCAUGGCAUGGAGCAACAAUAGGAUAAAGUCCCCUCAUCACAGAGUGACUAUGGAAGGGAGUGAAGCAGCAAGAUACUCAGUUGGGCAGUUCUCAUUCAUGGAGAAAGAUAUGGUGGAGACGCCCGAAGAGUUCGUGGACGAUGAACAUCCUCUGAGAUACAAGCCAUUUGAUCAUCUCAAGUAUCUUGAUUUUUUCAGCCAAGAAGAAAACAGAAGGCUGGAGAGUGCUAUAACUACCUAUUGUGGUGUUUCACAAUGAGAGUGUGUCAUUUGUAUAAUAAAUUUGUGUGGUUUUUACAUAAGUUGAAUGUUGUGUUUAAGGAAAUAAACUGUUGUGUGUAUUGGUUGAUUUCCAGUGUUGUUGUUUGAAAAAUGUAAGUCAAGUAUUGCUAUUGAUAAUAUUGUUUUGGAAA